AUGGCUAAAGUUCACAAUUUUCGCCACACACAAAAGUGGCCUAUUUUAGGGGACAGUCACGUGACAACCAAACAAGAAUCAUGUCCAAGCUUAUCAAUAUAUGGUAUAGUAUGGCCUGAAACAUUAGGCGGCAACCUUGCGGAGAUCCGGUGUCCAGUGUCUAUCGAUGGAGAUACGGCUAAACGCUCUUGCGAUGAUGGUAAUACGUCGUGGUCAGAACCUGAUAUGACCGACUGUUACACCACGAAUGAAAUAGCCGAGUUAUAUUUUGAGGUAGAAAGUCUGACAAUAGAUGUAGCAGAUGGUUUAGUGGUGGCAUACGAAUUACUUCUCAAUUCCAGUUCCACUAUCGAUGAUUUGAAUUCUGCAGCAGACGUGACUAUUAUGACCGCAUUGUUGAUUGCAUCAUCGCAAAUUGCAACACGGGACAUGGAAUAUAUUGAAAACGGUACAUUGCUUGAUAUUUAUAUACAGACAUACAUGAAUUCAACAAGCGGCUUACUUGAACACGAGGAGAGUUUUCAAACACUGUCAACUUUCAAAUCUGCGUCCUCCAUCCUCAGCCAGUUUUUAUGGAAUACGGAGAAACUUGGUCGUUACUAUGGAGACCAUUUAUUGACUAACGGUGUAGAGGGAAAUACUGUCCACGUAUGCAAUAACAUAUUAAUCGAGACAAACGUACUGAUGGAUGAACAGUUUCUUGGUUGGAGUUUCACACCUGAUUGGCCAAGUGACGUUUUAGAUGACGCAAACAACGAUAAAAGACAAGUUGAUAAUGUCUUUAUUCCGUCAAGCGUCAUCACAGGAGUGAUGGAUCUAGCGGUGUCUGGAGUUCUGAAGGAUGUGAAAAAGAUGAAUCGUUAUCUGGGAUUGACGUCACAGUUUGUCAGUGCUGGCACUUAA